UUUGUGUGAACUCAGGCAAACAAGUUGUAGUUGAGCCGCCAAGGGGGACUGCUGCUGAUCGGCAGAAAAAAAAAAAAAAAACAGAUGUCACCACCUUGACAGUGUCAAACAGAAGAGGCUUCCUGUAAAACAGUUUGAUGAUCUGUGGAAAAGCAACUUUCAGAUUUGCCCUCUGAACAGCACAAGCCAUGUACCAAGUGGUGCCAGGCGGAGCGGGGGGCACAAUUACAGAUGUUAUCCCCAAGUCGAAACUCAGCAAGGAUACUCGACCCUUAGUUGGAGCUGGAGUAAUCGGGCUGGUGCUGGUGAUUGCAGCUGUAACUGCGUGGUGUUACUACAUAGCCUCUUUACGCAAAGCGGAGCUGCUUAAGACUGAGCUGCUGGAUCUGAAUAAAGAUGGCUACAUUAUCCGAAACCAGGGAGGAUCUAUUGUUUUCCGAAUGCAAUUCAGGUCAGGAACCCUUGAUUUGGAUUCUUGCUCUAAAGAAGGUGAGAUUCUGAGCUGUGACAGCACUACUGACAGAAAACUAAUUUUCUUCAUCGAGACAGUCCGACCCAAGGACACUGUCCAAUGCUACCGUGUGCGCUGGGAGGAACUGGUUCCUGACAUUCCUGUAGAGCAUGCCAUGACAUAUAAGUUUGCACACUGGUAUGGAGGUGCAGUAUCAGCAGUUCAGCACUGGCCUAUUUCUAUUUCUGGCCAACAGGCUCCAAAACCAUUUGUUACUAGUGACAUCUACUCGAAUCGUGAUGAAUUUGGUGGAAUUUUGGAGAGUUACUGGCUUUCAUCUAAUGCCACUGCCAUCAAGAUCAAUAACUCUGUGCCCUUCCACUUGGGCUGGAAUGACACAGAGAAGACCAUGUACUUCCAGGCACGGUAUAAGGAUAGUUCCUUUAAACCAAACCCAGGGGAGGUGCCAUGUGCUGAACUAAGUUACAGAGUUUGUGUGGGAUCGGAUGUGACAUCCAUACACAAGUACAUGGUCCGCAGAUACUUCAACAAGCCAAACAAAGUGCCUGCCGAAGUCAUGUUUCGUCAUCCCAGUUGGUCGACAUGGGCCUUACAUAAAACUGACAUUGACCAAGAGAAAGUUUUGAAGUAUGCUGCCAACAUUCGUAAGCAUAACUUCAAUUGUAGUCAACUAGAACUAGAUGAUGGCUAUAGCAGAUGCUAUGGGGACUUUGAGUUUGACCCAGUAAAGUUCCCCAAUGCCUCUGCCAUGUUCCAAAAGCUGAAAUCUGAUGAUUUUCUGGUGUCUCUCUGGAUUCACCCUUUUGUUAAUUAUGAUUCAAAAAACUUCCAUACCUGUAUAGAGAAGGGGUUGUUUGCCCGGGAGCCUACAGGCCAGCUGCCAGCCUUAGUGCGUUGGUGGAAUGGCAUUGGUGGCAUUUUGGACUUCACAAACCCAGAAGUCCGUGACUGGUUUUCCUCCCAGUUACGUUUGCUACGUUCCAGGUAUGGGGUGUCCUCUUUUAAAUUUGAAGCAGGGGAGGCUAACUACCUGCCAGAGAAAUUUAGUACUAUGAAUCCCAUUCGGGACCCAAGUUUUUUCACAAGACGUUACACAGAAAUGGCUAUCCCCUACAAUGAUAGAGCUGAGCUGCGCAGUGGUUACCAGUCCCAGAACAUAUCCUGCUUCUUCAGACCAAUUGACAGAGACUCUGUGUGGGGCUAUGAGUUGGGUCUCAAAUCUCUUAUUCCCACAGUGCUCACCAUUAGCAUUCUGGGCUAUCAGUUCAUUUUACCAGACAUGAUCGGAGGGAAUGCAUAUCUGAACCGCACAGAUGGAAAGCGUGGAUUACCUGACCGAGAACUUUAUAUUCGCUGGUUGGAGCUGUCAGCCUUCAUGCCCUCUAUGCAGUUUUCUAUUCCACCAUGGGAAUACGACAACGAGGUAGUUGAAAUUGCUCGGAAAUACACAGCCCUCCAUGAAAGUCUCGUGGCGCCACGUGUCCUGGAGCUGGCCAGCGAAGUGCUGAGCACCGGGGACCCAAUCAUACGUCCAUUGUGGUGGAUCGCCACAGGUGAUGAGACAGCUUACAAAAUUGACUCCCAGUUUCUGAUUGGGGAUGACCUCAUGGUAGCCCCAGUUUUGGAGCGUGGAAAGCAAGAGCGUGACAUCUACCUCCCCGCUGGCCAUUGGAGAAGCUACAAGGGGGAGAGAUUUGAUAUCAAGGAACCAUUGCACCUCACAGACUAUCCUGUAGACCUGGAUGAAAUUGCUUACUUUGUUUGGGUGUAGCAGCAAGGAAAUGACAGCCUUGAUUAGCCUAUGUGCCAACUGGGUUGUGAGAAAAGCGCCACAAUUCAUCUUUUAUGGCUGAUAGGAGAGUUGUUAAAUGGAAAGGUUUAUGGGGUGAAAAAGGGUUUUUUAUGGGAAUCAAAAUUUUAACCGCACAUUUCAGAGCAUUACAAAUGUAAACCGUGUCUCUCGAAAACUCUCAAACCCUCUUAACUUUUCAUGAUUUUCUUUUCCUGUUUGAUUUAAACUCAUAAAUGCAACACUGUCUUUAUUAUUUUGCAGAUUGAUGAAACACAGCUUAGUGUCUUUUAAGUAAUGCUGCUGUCUGGCAGUUCUGAGUUAAUCCUGAUAAAUGGUAAAAUAUAAUUGAUACUAAUCAUCAGGUAUGCUUGUAUGUUUCCAAUAUUGGCCAACAAUGGCAACCAUAAGCUAGUGCCAAACCCCUUAGUGUGUUACAGUAAUGAAGACACGUUUUAAAACGCAUCAAUUAAAGACAUUUUUGUUUGCAUAAGUAAGAAUUUCAGAGUCAUUUUAUUUGUGUUGCUUUAAGCUAUGUGGUUGAGACAUUUGUUACAAAAGGGAGUAUACUAACUGUGAAAGAAAUCAGGCUCAAUUGCCAGUGAAUGCUAUAAACUUGUUCUAUAUUUGAGCCUCACAGCACUUUGAAUUUCAGCUUAAGCCAAACAGACUGUGGUGGGAGGACGAUUAAAGGGGUGUCAUUAUUGGAUACUUUUCAGGAAGUCAUGUUUUAUGCUUCAUUCGUCAGGAUCAGUGCUUGAGGUUUAAUCAUUACAAAAGUACAUGAGCUCUCACUAAUGUAACGCAGAGCCAUGGAACUACUCUUAGCCAAGAAAGAAAUGCCUUUUAUUAGGCUUUGAAUGUUUUCCUCUCCUACUCAGGGAGUGGUUUUCUCAGGCUGUGCUUGAAAUAUCUGGUAACUUUUUAAAAUGUACUUUGCUGAGCGCGUAUGCAGCUAAACAGUUAGUAAUUCUUUCAUGUCUUAUGCAGUGUUUGCCGCAUCCAAAAUAACGAGCUAUUCCGUGGCAUUUUUAAUAUCAUUUUUAAAUUUAGAAAUAAUGUGUAUUGUUAAUUCAGCAUCAUUUAAUAAUCGCAUGUAUUGUUACAGGGAUUUUAUUUGCAGUCUCGGGUUGUGUGGAUAAUUUAACUGCAGUGAUGUGUCUCUCAUUUGUGAAUAACUGCUGCCAAACGGAAUGAUUUUUUAAUGCAUUUAUUACAGCCCUGUUUUCAAAGACAUGAUACUGAGUCAGGAAAGAGAAUAAAAGAAGAGAAUGUCCUUAUUUGCUAAUUAUUUUAGGCCCGUAUUUAAUUGGAAGUAGUAGAAAGACACUUCUAUAAACCCUUGUCAGGGAGCACAGUUUGUUACUGCACCAAUUAAUGCAAGUUUUCUCUGCUAUGCAAAGAAAAAAAACAAAAACAUAUGUAAACAAGAUCCAGAAACAUCAGUCCUUUCCCGAGGCCCAUGUCAUCUAAGAUGGAUGAAGGCAAAGUGGAAAACUGUCCUGUGAUGUUGCCAGUCAAAAUUUUAAGUUUUUGUGGAAAUGGUGGAUGCUGCAUCCUCCCAGCUAAAGAGGAGCUAAAACCAUCUGGCUUAUUAUCAACAGACAGUUCAAAAGGCGGCAUCUGUGACGCUAUAGAGUCGGUAAGAAAUCUCAUUAAUACCGAGCACUACAUGCAGUCUUUCUGGCAACAUAUGUUAUCAUCCAGGCACCUCUUUUUUUUUUUUUAAAGGAAGGCCUGGAUUAUUUCAGCAAGGCCGUAGAGAGUCUGGGUGCUAAACUGGUCUGCCUACACCCCAGACCAAAUGAUACCACACUGCUCACUUUUAGUAUUUUAUCUUUUUAGCAUUUUCUGUUAAAUAUUUGGUUAAAAUUAUAUGUAUCAUCAUCCAAACUUUUAUUUAGAAAUGGGGUGGUGUCGGUAUUGAUUGUGAUCUAAUAUUUUUGAUCCAUAAAUGAUAUCCAGUGAGGUUAACACUAAUGCUGCACAACAUGACAUCUUUGCUCCUCAGACAUUUCUGUGAAUAUUUCACUGUGUAGCUACAAAUGCUGAUAUUUUUUUCCCCGCAGUUAUAAAUCAAAGUACAUCAUGUAAUAUCAUGUAUGGUAUUAUCAAGAGGCGCAACAGAUAUUGAUCUUCUCAUCACACUGGGGUAAGCCAGUUAACAUAGUUCACUGACUGGCAUAUCAAAGCUUAUCCAAGAAGCCAAGCUCAUGAGUUUUAUCCAUUUUAUUGUCAUUUGUGUAAAAAAUUUGUUUUUGACAUAAAAUGUAAUUAUUUUAAAUCCUUGAAAGAUGAAUAAAUGCAUAAAUAAUGUUUAA